AUGAGGUGUACUUUGACUACCCAAAGUGCCAAACCCACCCUCACCGGACCACAUCAUAGCCCUUUCUUCCCACCUUCUCCCAACCAAAAAACAAACCCACCUCUUCUUCUUCCUUCCAUCUUUCUCCUGGAGGACGAAAGGGAAACUCAAAACUUCAUGAACGUAGAAUCCUUCUCUGAGCUCCCCUUUAUCCGUCCCUCACCUAUUAAAGACAAGGGUAUCCGUUUGUUUGGCAAGGAAUUCGGUGGCGGUGGGGGUGAGUCAGCUACUGCCAGCAACGACUCGGACUCAGCUGAGGAUACGAUCAAGGAGAACGAUAACAAUGGAGGAAACAGAAGAAGAUUCGAGUGCCAUUACUGUUGCAGAAACUUCCCCACUUCCCAAGCUUUAGGUGGUCACCAGAACGCUCACAAAAGGGAGCGCCAACACGCCAAAAGAGCUCACCUUCAUUCGGCAAUGGUGCACAGCUCCUUGUCCGAUGCUCAUCUUUAUGGACUUGUUAUCCACAGGCCUGCUUUGAGUUACCCUUCAUGGAACACUAGGUUUCAUGGCAACCAAAGCCCCACCAUCAAUGGCAGCCCACUAGGACUGUGGACGAUUCCUUCCACGCUUCAAAAUAAAUCCUCUAAUUUCAAUAGUGAACUCUCAUCAGCAUCAUCGCAUCCGUUGCCUUUGUUUUCCGGCGAUGUAUUGAAGCCACCUUCGCAGGUUGUUGCUGCUGCUGCUGCUGCUGGCGGCGGUGGUUCAACUUCCCAGGAUCGGUACGUUUAUGAACGGAAGCCAAGAUUGCAAGACCAUGUGAGUUUGGAUCUACAUCUGUAAUAAUUCAGUACUAACCUAGAUUUAAACGAUAAAAAAACAAAUCUUUGUUCUGC